CUUCAUUCUAGAGAACCUUACACCUUUGCAAGAACAAAAAAAAUGAGUACAUCUCUCGUGUUGUCAUUUGAAGACCUGGCUGUGGACUUCACCAGGGAGGAGUGGCAGAUUCUGAAUAACGAUCAGAGGGCCCUGUACAGGGAUGUGAUGCUGGAGAUGUACAGCAGCCUGCUAUCCGUGGGGCACUGUAUUCCCAAACCUGGCUUGAUCUCCAAACUGGAACAAGGAGCAGAUCCAUGGAUUUUGCAAGAAUGCCUAAACCAGGGUUUCCCAGUUCCCCAGGAAAAGCAUGACUUAAGUGAGACCAACCAGGAAAGUGAAGACAUUAAUAUGAGACAAGAUACAGUGACAAACAACAUGCCAAAUCACAAAGUUGAUUUAAGAAAAGGACUUAAUUUCUGCCCAAACCGUAUUCCAAAACUGAUUAUCAAAAGGAUAAGUUUUUCAGAAAUGAAACCAGAUGCAUGUAAUGUAUUUCGCAAUGUACAUUUCUCUAGUGGGUCUGAUAAAAUUCAAGCUGGAGAGAAAUCCCGUACCUGUAAUGUGCCUGAGAACUCUCCCCAAUGCUCUGAGUCUCUUAGUCAGCAGCAGGAGAUUCAGACUGUGCAGCAUGAUUCUGAGAAGAGUGGAAAAGGGAAAGCCCUCAAAAGAAAGAAGAAAUGCAUUGCAUUUGAGAGGGUUCAUAUAGGAGAGACCUGUAAAAAUAAAUCAGCUUCCACUGUCAGACAUGCAGCCAAGAUAGGAAAGGAACGUUUUCAGAGAAGUCCUCGUCUUAGUAAACAACAGGUACACACAAGGAAAAAAUCAUUUGAAUCUACUGACUGUGAGGACACUCUGAUUAGCAAAUCAGAUAUUACAGUGAGUCAAAGAAUACAUAUGCGUAAUAAGCCUUACGUGUGUAAACCUUGUGGAAAAUCUUUCAACUGUAAAUCCUGCCAUACCUUUCAUGAAAUGACUCACAAGAGGGAGCAGAUGCACAGGUGCAAUGAAUGUGGAAAAACUACCUACUGGAAGUUAGAGUUUAUUAGAAAUCAGAGAAUUCAGAAAGCUAAGAAGUCUUAUGAGUGUAAUGAAUGUGGAAAAGCCUUUUCUCAUAAAUCACUCCUGAAAACACAUCAGAAAAUUCACGCAGAGAAGCCACACAAAUGUAAUGUUUGUGGAAAAGCCUUUUUCCAGAAAUCACUGCUUUUAAUCCAUAAGAGAAUUCACACUGGUAAGAAAACUUAUGAAUGUAAAGAGUGUAGAAAAGCCUUUUGGUUGAAGUCAGACCUCAUCAAACAUCGUAGAAUUCACACAGGAAAAGCUUAUAAAUGUAAUGAGUGUGAAAAAGUCUUUUGCCGAAAGUCAGACCUCACUACGCAUCAAAGAAUUCAUACAGGGGAAAAACCUUAUGAAUGUGAAGAGUGUGGAAAAGCCUUUUGCUGGAAGUCUCACCUCACAUCACAUCAGAGAAUGCACACAGGGGAGAAGCCAUAUGAGUGUAAUGAGUGUGGAAAAGCUUUUCACUGGAAGUCAGACCUCAUUAGACAUCAUAGAAUUCACACAGGAGAGAAACCUUAUGAGUGCAAAGAGUGUGGAAAAGCCUUUUGCCAGAAAUCAAUCCUCAUUACUCAUCAGAAAAUUCACACAGGGGAGAAACAUUAUGAAUGUACACAAUGUGGAAAAGCAUUUUGCCAGAAAUCACACCUCCUAAGGCAUCAGACAGUUCACACAGGAAUAAAACCUUAUGAAUGUAAAGAGUGUGAGAAAGCUUUUUGGCAGAAGUCUUCCCUCAUUAAGCAUCAGAGAAUUCAUACAGUGGAAGAGGUAUUGUCAGAGUAGUGAAUAUGGAAAAUCUUUUGCCAGAAGUAAUACCUUAUAAUUGUGUGAAUGUAUUUCCUGGGAGGUAUAAGUUUGUUAUGAAUCAGAAAAUGCAUAAUUCAUGGUUAAUUUAGUGACUUUAGAAAGCCUUUGC